GUCGUUAAAGAGGGCAUAGUUUCUUUCCUUUUUCAUUUCUCUCGUUUCUCUUCACGAAAUGGCGACAUCUCUAGCAGCUCGACUAACCAGAAAAUCCCUAAAAUCGGCAACAAUUGGUCCAUUAACUCAAUCUAUUUUCGGUCUCACCAGACCGUUCUCUACUGCUGUUGCUACAGAUUCAUCAUCAUCUUCAUCAAAUAUACCGACAACAAUAACAAGAGACAAUGAUGAAAGAUUGAAGUGGGAUUAUAGAGGACAAAGACAAGUAAUUCCAUUAGGGCAAUGGUUACCUACGAUAGCUGUUGAUGCUUAUGUUGCACCCAAUGUUGUAUUAGCUGGGCAAGUAACUGUUUGUGAUGGAUCUUCAGUUUGGAGUGGAUCUGUUCUUAGAGGAGAUCUUAAUAAAAUUACUGUCGGCUUUUGUUCUAAUGUUCAAGAACGAUGUGUUCUUCAUGCUGCUUGGUCUUCUCCUACAGGGUUACCUGCUGAAACAUUAAUCGAGAGGUUUGUGACUAUUGGAGCAUACAGUCUCCUGCGAUCCUGCACAAUUGAGCCGGAAUGUAUCAUAGGGCAACACUCAAUCCUUAUGGAAGGUUCUUUGGUCGAGACCCACUCAAUCUUGGAAGCUGGCUCUGUUCUUCCUCCUGGUCGAAGAAUUCCUUCUGGUGAACUGUGGGCUGGAAAUCCAGCAAGAUACAUCCGAACUCUGACCCAUGAAGAAAUCUUGGAGAUCCCAAAAUUGGCAGUUGCAAUAAAUGAUCUGAGCAAGACCCAUUUCUCAGAGUUCCUCCCGUACUCCACGGUUUACCUGGAGGUUGAGAAAUUGAAGAAGACUUUCGGGAUCCCUAUAUGAUAGAGUGCUUUUGUUUUCUUCAUGUUCCAGUUAUGUAUCAGUCAGUUGAAAGUCUCUUGAGAGAAAAUAAGCAGCUAGACUUCGAGCUAGAUUCUAAAUUCCCUUACUUUUUUGGUUGGGAUUGUUAAUGGUGUUCAGUCAUUUGUUUUCAUUGCUCUUGCACAAUCUGAUUCAUGUAUUUACUUUUAAUGCCUAUGUCAUCAUCAGAGACUCGCCAGCCUUCUACUUUUCC